AUGGACUUAGAUACAAAGAAGGCAGUCGUCCAGGCAUUUUUGACAUGGCACUACAGGACGUGCUGUGGGGACCCUAAAGUUUCUAUACCAUGGAAGAGACAGGAAGAAGGCGAAGAGCACAUCUUCGAAUUUACAGGAUGGUGGGACAAUGAUAGCCAGGAUAUCGUCCUUGCGACCGACCACAAUAGGCGUGUCACAAGCCAGGCACAGCCAACCACCCAGACGAAGAAGCCAUCGGGAUCAAAGUCAAAGAAGCAUGGCCAUCACGGGCAAUCCACAGGUGGACAAUCUUCUGGUAACAAGGGGAGCAACGAUGAGCCAGCCCCUGCACAUCGUUCCAGAGUCAAGGCAACAAAGAGCGCCUCAUCUACAACUCCCGAAAACAAGAGCGAGGGAUCUAAGAACAAAUGCACGUCUUCCGACAAGGACAUAGAUCGUAUCGGGACAACCGAUGAGUCCUCUGCUGAACCAUCUGAGCAAUUGGAUGAUGAUGUACUGCCUUCACAGAAAGGAAGGCAGUUGAAGGGGAGGAAGUCGCAUAUGGGGUUGCCGAGGCACCGCUACCGAGCGUCUGUCACAAGUAGCAAUGACUCUGACAGUGAGGUCGAACAGAAUCUCCCUCAAAAGGCCCUUGCACCUUCAGACAAACAUGUCAAGAUGGAUAUGGUAAAAAAUAGCAAGGCUCAGAUCCUCGAUAUCAGCUCGACAGAUAGCAGCACGAUAGAUGAUGUCAAACAGACUGCAAAGUUUACUGCAUGCGAGGGAUCUAAAUCCGGCAUCACACGACUGGUGAUACCACCCACCUGCACGGUAGGACCAGCCUCCCGGUCUGGCGGCGCCGCACCCAGCUCCGGGCGAAUGCCAGUCACAUGGAAUCCGCAUCAACAAGGACAGCAGAACCUGCAAUGCCCAUAG